CCAACGGCUCCGUACCGCUCCCAGCGCCACCCCACACCUCGGUCUUAAGUCUUCGAUAACCCAGUAUCGGUCUCCGAAGAUCCCAGUCUCUGAAGAUCUCGGUCAGCGCAAGAUCCCAGCGUCAAUGAGACCCUAAUCUCGGAAUUAAAUCCUCGCUAAUUCAAAUGAAGAAUUUUCUUUAGUUAAAAGUUGAUACGAUUUCUAACUUAAAGAUCAGUGUUUUUGUGUGUCUGUGUUGAGUUUUAUAUGAAUGAAAUGUAUUUUAUUAUAAAAAAAUUGAGUGCAAAACUUUAAAGAUAUUUCCCCUAAGUUUUCGAAGAGAGCGGACUUCCAAGUCCGGUGUAAAGUGUGUACUGCGCAUGAGUGAAAUGGAGUGGCAGUUAAGGGUCAUCAGCCGGGCUCAGUACGAUCUUCAGGGCGACCGAGUCAGCAUCGACUGAUCCAAUUAAUACUUCACAACUUACAACCCUACUUGCUGAACGAUAUCUCAAAAGAAACGCGGCCCGAAGUGGGUUAAACACCCCAAUGGAAUCACCUUGAAGAUAUGUAUCUGUUGUUCGACGCAUGGCGACAGCGCAGCAUCAUGUCGGGCAUGACGGGAGCCAGCAUGCUUCGCACCAGGCGCAAGGAUGUCAACGUCAAGCCCAACAGGAAGUUGGACAGGAAGUCCUCUCGGGGCAUGCUCUACGAGAACGAGGAGCUAAGGUUGCGUACGAUCAAUAUAAAUGCAGAAGUAGAGAGAGGUCAAUCAGAUAUUAAGAAGUUAAAGAGAGAAAACGAGCAAUUAAAGAGAGAGAUAUCAGCGCUUCGCUACGAGUACGACCGGCUGGACAGCAUGCUGCGGGAACGACGCUCCUCGCCGGAACAUUCGGACGACAGCGCGUCGGUGAGCAGCGCGUGCCCGGAGUGCGCCAGUGUGGACUCUGCGCGUGCUGUCGCCUUCCACGACCUCAGCGUCGUGCCUGAGGAGGCAGAGGAGGGGAACAAGAGCGGCGUCGAAUCUCCAUGCACCUGUGAGGAGUGUCGGGACGAUGCGACAACAGAGGCCGCCCCCCGGCAGGACAGCGAGGACGUGACCUCGCACAACAUGGAGCGGCUAAACAAUGUCGACACGCGACCCAAACUGGAAGACAAUGGACACGAGCGGACAGUUGACGAGAUGACGACGUCGCACUCGGAGCACGAGAGGACGAACAGCGUGUGUUCGUCGAUGAACUCGCUGGGGUCGGCGUGCACGCACAAGUCGCGCAAGCUUUCCGCCGCUCCGCAAGAUGGCGCCAUCCCCUGGUGCGGUUGCUGGGGCGCCGGCUGCGUUUAGACACGCGACGGUAGAACAAGAAAUGACUUAAAACUGUCGAGUAUGUUCCUAGAUUGUUCAAUGUGCACAAGGAAUAAAGUGAAAAUAAAGGUUUACAAAUGCAGCAACUGUGUGAACUUAUAACAUUUUCUAAGGGGACUGCGAUAAGAAAAGUUGUUUAUUGAACAAAAAUGGCGGCCGUGACAGCUGUUUAUAACCUCAAAAGUUACAACAUAUACAGAAUCUGUCUAUUCGUAGCUGUUUUGUGGUUGAUUACAUACCAGGUGCAAGGACAUUCAGUGGACUCUAUCUAAUUUAUGGGACAAUAGCUAGUGAAGUGAGUUUUAUGUAGAGUUUUACUAUCAACCUCAUUUGUCUUUAUUACCGAGUUCAUAUGAAAAUACAUAUAUAAAAAGUAGCAGAAUAUGUUGAAGAUGUCAUCUUUUUUAUUUAGCAACUAGUAUAUUUUAAAAAUA